CAAUCAGUGUUACAAAGAGUUUUCACGAAUUCACAUUAAUUCCUGUCGAAUUAAGCAAUUAAUGUGUGAAAACGCUGCCCUAAUGUUCAAGGAGUGAUAAAAAAGCAAGUUAAAGACAAACGAGAGCAUUUUAAGCAUUUAUUGGUGGUUAAUGCCUUAUCGAUUGACUGUGCUGUCGCGUGGCAACUCUGAACUGUACUUUUUGAUACAGAUAAAAACUAUUGACGAUCUAUCUAUAAUCGGAAAAUUGCGCGGUAUUUCUGCAUCGAAAGCCAAUCGUAGUCGAUUCUGAAACCCAAUCAAAACAACAGGCGGUUUCUUAUUAUCCAGGAGCAAUUCGAAAUGAGUGAAGAGGUGUCCCCCUCGCCUGUCGCCGACGUACGGCUCAGCGACAUCAAGUACGAAGAUGUGUCGGCGUUGAAUUUUUCCAAACUGUACUCGCCGAAGAUGAAGAGUGUUUACUGGCGCUUCUUCGGUUUCCCCUCGAACGACAACAACGAGGUAAUCACCAAGCAGAAUGUUGUCUGUAUUAAGUGCCACAAGGUUCUGACCAACCACGGCAACACUACCAACCUACGGGCCCAUCUCCAGCACCGCCACAAAGAUCUGUUCAAGGAGCUAUGCCAGGAGCACGAUAUCCAGGUGCCGCCUCGCAAGACUCCGCGCAACCUCACCCAUCCGCCUCUGUCCAAGCGGAACGUAUCCUCUCGCCGGGUCAAGUUGGAGUUCAUAAACAACCGCAAUCACGACAACGCCUCUGAUGACGAUGAUGAGGCCGCAGCGGCCACAGCUGCCAUGCAAGCGGAGGAGGAUGCCUCUUCACAGACCAUGCUGUAUGAGACUAUGGUGCCGUUUACAUACGAUGAGGCGGAUAAUUUGGUGGAAGAGGAGGAGCGCAUGGUGUCCAUGGAGCCAAAAUUCGUCCGCAAACGUAAGGUGGCCACUCCAUCAUCCGCCCUACAGCAGUUACGGGCGGUCAAGCACGAGGACGGUGGAUAUGUGUCAACACAAAUUGCCAACUUGGCAGAGGCUCUAACUGACAUCAUAAUCAAGGAUCUGCGUACUGUAGACUCUCUGUACGACCCCGGCUUCAGCGAUUUUGUGCGCCUGGCUAUGGGAGGUUCUACUCCUAUGCCGGAAGCAGAGAAGAUUGACUCGCUAAUCAGCGAGAUGCACGCCUCGAAGUUCCUCGAAAUUGGGGACAUCACUCGCGACUUUACGUCCGAGAAGCCAUUCUCGUUCGCCUUCGAGCAGUGGGUGAAUGUCGAGCAGCGCCGGUUCUUGAGCAUCUUCCAUCACUACCUGGACGAGGAGACACAGUCGGUGCGAAGCAUGUUGUACGCAACUGUGGAGUACACCGAUUAUCUUGUCUUUGACGAUCUACUGACAGAUUUCUAUUUGGCCAACUGUACCUUGGCCAUCGUCAACUACGAAGAUGACGAGGAUUUCCUGCACACAUACCUUAGGGAGAAGAAUAUCCCAGUGGUGCUGUGCUACGUUUCCGUUGUUGAUAAAUGUCUUCGCCGCGUUUUCGAGAUCGAGGAAGUAGCCACUCUCUUGGAACAGGUCAAGGACAUUAUCCAGCGACACUCUGCCGAGAUCAGUAGCAAGGUAUCGGAGUUACCUUCCUAUAACGAGCAUUUCCCAUGGACGCUGUACGAGCUGCUCAAAUUUUUCGCCGAAUCCAUUUCCUGGUCCGAGGACAUGGAUCAGCUGGUGUUGACCGCCAAGACCGUAACAGAGGCCCUCAGUGCUCUGGUGAUUGCCUUGGAUACCCUCCGUGGCGAGGAUAUUCCUCUGUGCAGCAUGCUGUCACCUAUUACAUCGAAAAUUCUUAUCAAGAAACUGGGAAUCGCAGAGCAGGAUGAUCCACUGAUGAUGAACAUUAAGCGGACCAUCGCUUCUGUGCUGCAGGCACAUGUCAUCUCUGACGACAACUUGACAGCUGCCGCUCUGCUGGAUCCCCGCUUCCACCGUCUGACCACCAUUGAUAAUCUGGACAGAUGCGUUCGUAUGCUGACCCAGAAGUACAAUAAAACCUUUGGAAGUUCUGGGGGCAGUGAGGUUAACGAUUCUGCGGCUACCACAUCAGUUAAUACCACGCCAACAGUCACCAUCAAAGCAGAACGGCCCACAGGAAGUGGUUCCAGAAAGUCAAAACUGGAACUUCUUUUCGACAUCGCUGAAAUCCCGAACCCCCCAAAACGUGACGUUGACGGUACAGUAGAAACCGAUCUGAAGCGAUACCGCAACGAAGUGGUAGUCCAACUUGACGAAUCCCCGAUCGAGUGGUGGGUCAAAAUGGGCCACAUCUAUGGAACCCUGCGCGACCUGGCGACUCUUUAUCAGAGUGUGCCUGGCGUGGUGACCCUUAGUUUUAAGAAGAUGCUCAGAGACCAGAUAUAUGACUUCAAUAAGCGCUUCAUGCUUACCGGCAACCAAAUCGAUGCAAUUCUCUUCCUGCACCAUCACAGCAAUUAAACGGACCUACCCGCA